CACAUGUUUUCAUAGAACAUACGAGUUUUUAUCUAUUUGUAGAUAUAAAAUUUGGUUUAAUAGUGUUAGUCCUAUACACAACCUGGCAUACUAAGAUGAUUUCGGAAAUUUUAACACUGGAGAAAGUUAUACAGGCUUUCGACAAGGUGAAGGCUGAAUUCGAAUUCGAUAAAGGAAGAUUAGCUGUCAUAACCACAGAUAGAUAUGAAGCUACGUACAAUAUCAUGGGUUAUCAUUUUACCCCUGACGAACCUCUCAGUAAAGCAUUUGGUGUGACAUGGGUAGAAGACUUAGAAGAUUUGGUGAAUGGUAAACUGAAACAGAACGUAUCGAUUUGCAUGGUAUCUAGGGACACAGAUGAAGUGAUUGGGGUACGUGUAAUGUCUACCAUGAGGAGGACGGACCCGCCUCUUGACUUGUCAUCAAUGAAAUAUGAAUCAUUACGAGAUCUGUUCGAGUUUGUGCACCAAAAAGACAAUGAAGUACAGUUUUUUGAUAGGUACAGUGUUGAUGAGGCUGUACAUUUUAAUACUUUAGGUGUUCAUAAAAACUUCCGUCGGAUGGGACUUGGAGGUCGACUGAUUGGAGCAGCUGUUGCUUUAAGCAGGGAGUUAGGUUUCAAAGCAAUCACUGGUGAAGGAACCUCUAACUUCUCACAGAGGAUAUAUGAGAAAGAAGGAUUUGAAACUCUUGCUAUAUUACCAUACGACACUUACAUGUAUAAAGGACAACCAAUCAUAAACGCAACUGGCGAGCAUAAGAUGACAAAAAUAUAUGGUUUAAGGUUAUAAAACAUGCAAUUGAUUCAAAGCAUUAAGAUUUGUAUACGAGAAUAAAAAAAAUUAUAAGAACAAGCACACACUUUCGGAACGAAGUCUCCUCAGAAAGAACUGGUGCAAUUUCACCAAAACUUUACAGAAAUGAUCAGUACAAUGUCUUGCUGUGCAUCUCAUCAAUAUUUUUCGAUUUAAUGAUUUUUCAGAGUUAUAGCCCUUUAAUGACUUUAAUUUUUAAAAUUAUUUCUUAUACCACUGAUGCAAUUUCAAUGAAACUUAACACGAUUAAUCGUUAGCUCAAGUACUCGAGCAUAUUGCAUUGGUUUUCCAGUUGAAGGAUUUUAAGUCGAGUUAUGGCCCUUGAAUAAAAAAUCAUGUUUUUUGUCUGUUAAUGACAAUUUGUGUCUCCUAGCUGCAACACGGUAGCUGCCACGUGCAAUUGACUAUCAUGAGUCGACUAUGUGAUCACUGAGUGCCCUUGUUUCUUACAGCAAGUUAUUUACAAAAUAAUUUGUAAGGAGUAUUUAGUUAUUUAGUUAUUGUAGCCAGUGUGGUUUCAUUAUAACAUGAAAACAAGUAACGAAUUUAAAUUAUUGUUGGGUUUAUUGUAAUAAAAAAACGAAAUAUAUGGUUGUAUGCUGAAAUUUUUAAUUAAGUUUGUAAAUAAAAUGAUAACAUAUAUAUUAAUGUGUACUAAACGAGACAAGUGAUAUCAAUUUGUCAAAUAUAUAGAGGAUAUUCAUGUUUUCUCUUUAAAUACAGUAUUUAUUUUCAUCGAGUGGUAUGGAAUAUAUCAAUACUGCAUGAGUGACUCAUACCACAAGAUGAAAAUAAAUCUACUUAGGCCGUGUCUACACCUAUUCAAGUUUCUUACAUGUCACAUUUAGAUAAGCUAAAUAAAUGGCCCUUUCAACAUUUUUUCAGGCACAGUUUUUACUGAAAUGUCUCAUUAAAAAUAAAAAUAGCCCAGAAUUUAUACCUUUGUCUUUGCAAGACUAUCAUAAUUCUGUAAAAUAUGUGAAAAAAGCGGGAAAAUGAUGCAAUUAGCUAAAAUAGAAUGGAGUAAAUGAAAUGCGUUCAUUCUUUUUUUAAAUUGAAAAAUGUGACAAAAAAUUAUUUUGAUGCAAAUUUUUUAUUCGAUGAAAGUUAUUCACUAAAUGAACAAGAUCAUUUUAAAUCCAAUUUGACUCUACUUGAAAAAGAGCUUCUUUUUCAUUUUUAGUAU